GCAGUUGGGAUGGAGGCGACCAGGAGUGCACCAUGGAUCAUGUACCUGGCGUUCCUCGUGCAGGGCGUGUCGACCGCGAAUUCCAUGAUGGUGAGCAAGGGCGCCCUUCGCGAUAUCGACCCGUACAACGCCUCGCGCACUAGUGACAGUAUGAAGGAAGUGCAUGAGGUGCAGGAAGUGAGCGGGAUGCCC